GUGCGAUUGCUUAGUUUUGAAGCUGGAGCUGAUCGGAGAAAAGAGCUGCAAGCGCUGGCACCGCGACUUCUGGUGCGCUCGCGCCAUCGUCACCUACAACACAGCAGGCACGCUGUAUACGGGGGACGAGAAUGUCAACUUUUGGGAGCUGGAACACAAGGGCACCAAUGAGCGCAUCAUCCGCGAUAACUCAGAGAUCCACUCUGCCGGCGUAGGGAACAUCCUCUUCAUCAAAGGCAUGAAGUAUCCGGAUCCUGUGAAAGGCUUGAUCCACAGGUCACCGGAAGCCCAGUACCACGACAGCGGUCUGGUGCGCAAUCGCCUCGUGCUCAAGGUCGAUGUGCCCGAACCCGAGGCAUGGCAAGAAGAAGAUUGCGACUGCUGUCCGUGA